AUGUUCAUUACAAGGGAUAACAGAAAGAACAGGACAGACACUACCAACCUCAACAGAUAUUCAACUACACUUUCACAUGCUAUUAAAAAUCUUCACCUACCAACUUUCUUCACCUCUACAUAUUUGAUAAGCAAAUUUCCCUUUAUAUUAAUGUCUACAACAACAGUCACAGAGAAUCCUCAUGUGUUUAAUUUGGCUAUACUACUUUGAGAUUCAGGGAAAAAAAAUGGUGGUGAAGGUGUAUGGUGCAGCCUCUGCUUCUGUCAAUCGAGUGCUGAUUUGCCUCAUUGAGAAGGGUAUCGAAUUUGAAACUGUACCUGUUGAUCUUAACAAAGGAGAGAACAGAAAUCCUGAAUAUCUUAACUUACAGCCUUUUGGAGUGGUUCCUGUAAUUCAAGAUGGAGAUUACACUUUAUACGAAUCUCGAGCAAUCAUAAGAUAUUUUGCAGAAAAAUACAAGUUCCAGGGGACUGAUUUGCAUGGAAAGAGCAAUGAAGAGAGAGGGCAGGUGGAGCAAUGGCUAGAAGUGGAGGCACAGAACUACCACCCUCAUGUUUACAACUUAGCCAUUCACAUUUUAUUUGCAUCAGUCUUGGGAUUUGCUCCGGAUGAGAAGCUGAUCCAAGAGAGUGAAGAAAAGCUGGCAAAGGUUCUGGAUAUUUACGAGGAUAGGCUCGCCAAGAGCAAGUAUUUAGCUGGGGAUUUUUUUAGCCUUGCCGAUCUUAGCCACAUUCCCUUUAUACAUUACUUGGUUGGUGCCAUUAAAAAGGAGUAUAUGAUAAGGAGCAGAAAGCGUGUGAGCUGUUGGUGGGAUGAUAUUAGCAAUAGGCCAUCUUGGAAGAAGGUCCUCCAACUAUGACUAUUGAGCAUCUAUAUCCUUGUUAAGGGCUCUUUUUUAUACUGUCUAUUUUUGGGAAAAUUUCAUCCCUAGUCCUCAACCUUUUUGGGUUUUAUUUGUUGAAUCUUUAAAUUGAAAAGGAGGAGGAGGAGGGCAGACAAAUUGUGAAUUGAUCUUCAGAAAUUUAAAGAUCGGUUUGAGUUUAAAAAAUCUUGCAGUAUUUGUCUGAUAA